AUGCCGCAACAUCGAAGCGGCGUCUCUGUUGCCUUGACUGCCGCCUUCUUGGUCUUGACGUCCAUUUUCGCCGCCAUCUAUGCAUUUGGUCUUCCUGAACUUGAUUACUGGCACUGGAGAGCUUCCUAUGACCCUUUCAAGAAUCAGCCUUCGUCACAAAAUGUAUUUGACAGCUUCACCAAACCAUCUGCCUCGGAUGACUACCUCGUCGGCGUCGGCAAGGCUGAUAUCACCGGUCCUGUCACCGAGAUCAAUCUCAUGGGCUAUGCUGACCCUGCUCAACUUGGAACUGGUCUAAGACAGCGCCUUUACUCUCGUGCUUUUAUUCUUGGUGAUACAGAAAGUCCUCGUAAUCGCUUUGUCUACCUUGUUCUCGACACACAAUCCGGUGAUACUGCCGUCCGUAAUGGUAUCCUCGAGGGUCUGAAAGACCUCGGCCCUGAGUAUCAAUCCUAUGGAAGACAGAAUGUUGCCGUUACCGGAACUCACUCUCACUCUGGUCCUGGCGCUUGGUUGAAUUAUCUGUUGCCUCAGAUUACUAGCCGAGGUUUCAGCCAACAAAGUUACCAAGCUAUUGUCGACGGUGCUCUUGAAUCAAUCAAGCAGGCUCAUCAGUCGCUGAGCCCUGGUCAGCUAUCUGUUGCUUCUGUUGAUAUCGAGGAUGCAAACAUCAAUCGCAGUCCUUAUGCCUAUCUUGCUAAUCCCAAAGAAGAACGCGACAAGUAUGAGUACAACGUUGACAAGACUCUGACUCUUCUAAAGCUGCGAAGAAAUAGCGACAAGAAGGAUAUUGGUGUCUUAACUUGGUUCCCUGUUCACGGUACAUCCAUGUUGGGCAAUAACACCCUCAUUACUGGUGACAACAAGGGUGUUGCAGCAUACCUCUUCGAAAAACAUGCUGCUCAGAUAGACUCGACAGCUGAUGGCUUUGUUGCUGGCUUCUCACAAGCAAAUGUCGGAGACACUUCUCCAAACAUUAACGGAGCUUACUGCGAAUCUGGUCCCGAUGAGGGCAAGCAAUGUGACUUCAAGACAAGUCUUUGUGCUGGCAAGAACGGCCCUUGCCAUGGACGCGGUCCUCAUUGGGGACUGGACGAUGCAGGUACAGCUUCUGCUUGGGAGAUUGGUCGCAGACAAUAUCUUGGUGCUCGCUCGGCCUAUGAAUCAAUGACUGCCAAGUCUACCUUCACACCUAUCCAGGGCAGUGUCGUUCGCUCUCUACACACCUUUGUCGACAUGUCGAACCAAACCGUCAUCUUGCGCAACGGCUCGACGGCUCACACAUGUCCAGCAGCGAUGGGAUACUCAUUCGCUGCUGGGACUACAGACGGUCCCGGUGCCUUUGACUUCAAGCAAAACAAUCCUGGUGACCCCAAUGCAAGCCCAGUCUGGGCUGUGGUUCGCAAUAGCUUGCACUCGCCUGGACCAGAGCAGAUUGCGUGCCAGUACCCCAAACCCAUCUUGCUUGAUGUAGGUGAGACCGAGAAACCCUACCUCUGGACGCCCAAUGUUGUCGACAUUCAACUCUUACGUGUCGGUCAACUCCUGAUCAUUGUAGCUCCGGGUGAAGCCACUACCAUGGCAGGACGACGCUGGAGAGAAGCACUGCAGAGCCACGCUCUCUCUGCCUGGGACGAGUCACCCAAUGCGGCGGACCCCGUAGUCGUCCUGGGCGGCCCAGCAAACACAUAUGCGCAUUACAUUGCUACCGAAGAGGAAUACUCUAUUCAACGCUAUGAGGGAGCUUCCACACUAUAUGGUCCACACACCCUGGCUGCUUACAUCAACGUCACACUUCACCGACUACCCUACCUCUCAGCUUCUUCUGUAUCAAACUCACCCUUAUCGCCACCAUCUCAUCCUUCUCUGCCAACAUUGGAGCUGGGACCUGAUCCUCCCAUCCACACAAACAACUCGCUAAGUUUCAUCUCUCCCGUGGUCUUUGACCGCGCACCUCUCUUCAAGUCCUUCGGCGAUGUAGUCACCGAUGUAUCACCUCGCUACGCCAUCUCCUCAUCUCCAACCGUCAAAGCCUCUUUCGUAGCCGCCAACCCCCGCAACAACCUCCAUCUCGGAUCUACCUUUGCCGCAAUCGAGAAAUACACCUCUCAAGGCACUUGGGAAACCGUCAGGGAUGACGAAGACUGGAGUCUAAUUUUUGAAUGGGAAAGAACAAGUACCACAGCUGCCACUUCUCAAGUCACCAUCUCUUGGGAGUUGGGCUGGGAAGUCGGUGAUUGGGGACGUGCUGAUGGAAGGUAUCGUAUCAAGUACUUUGGAGAUAGCAAGGGAAUCGGAGGAAAGAUCAGUGGGUUUGAGGGAACCAGUGGGGAGUUUGAACUUGUGUGA